AUGCGUACAUUGCAUUUGAGCUAUACGUCGGUGAGGGAUACAAGACCGCUACUGAACAUACAGCUUGAAAGAUCAUAUUUGCUAAGGAAAAAGUCCAAUAUGUCGAAAGCUGAUCUYAUUUUCCAUGGAGGGAACAUCAUCACCAUGGAUGASACUCUCCCCUCGGCUGAAGCUGUAGCCAUUAAAGAAGGCAAAAUCGUCUUGGUGGGAACAAAGACUGAAGCUUUCAAGUUGGCAGGUCCAGGGACACAAUACGUGGAGCUUCAAGGAAAGCAAACACUUCUUCCCGGCUUCAUCGAACCCCAUCAGCACGCCAUCCAAAUGAUCUUGAAUCGCUGUAUGUACGUCAACUGUGGUGCAUACAAAUAUGAAACGUACGACGAGAUCAAGGAACUCAUCGAAACAACAGUGGCUGCAACUGACCCAGCAAGUGGCGAGUGGUGCAUGUUUCUUGGCUGGGAUCCAGAAAUGAUUCCAACCCUACCUAAGCUGGAUUUUGACGUGGUGGAUUCUUUUUCAACUAAAAUCCCUAUAGUUAUUAUUGGGCAGAGUGGUCAYGUCGCUUGGUCGAAUCGCAAAGCAUUUCAGGUCGCAGAGAUUCCCGAAGAAAUUGAAGAUCCAGAUGGAGGAGUCUUCGUGAGAGAUGAAAACGGCAAGUUAACGGGACAAAUGCUGGAAUCACCGGCGAUGCUCCAGGUUAUGGCUCGUGCUCCUCUGCCAACAAGCAAGGAGAUAUUAAAAGCUCUCGAAGAACAGUGGGACGAAUACGCUARAUGUGGGUUCACUACAGUCACUGACAUAGGUUACAUACCAACAGACACUGAUGUACUUAUCCAAGAGAAGUCAGCGAAGYCCGACUGCCCCAUACGUUUAGCUCUGUAUAAACUGGUUCAUGGUCCAGGAGAUGAAGUUAAAGCCAAAAGCCAGACAUGUUGUGAUGUCUCACUACCAAAACAAAAGAAAGACGGUGGACAAAAAAUCAAAGAAAACAACAAACUCUGGAUUGCUGGAAUCAAGAUCAUCGGAGACGGGUCCCCUCAUUGUGGCACAGCAGCAGUUCGCGAGGCGUUUCUUGAUACAGAAUUAACAAGACUCCUUGGGUUCCCUACACCUCCAUGCUUUGGAAUGCUGAACUAUGAUGAUGYUUCUUUGUUAGAGACCGUCAAGUACUGGCACGGGCAGGGAUAUCAAAUUUCUAUACAUACCCAUGGGGAGAGAGCRAUUGAGCAAGCUUUGAAGACAUAUGAACAGGCGUUGCAGAGCUUGAAGGCACCUGAUCGCCGUCACCGCAUGGAGCAUCUUGGCCUCUGUGAGGAAGGUCACAUGGUUAAGGCUGCAGAGAUGAACCUUGCCUUAUCGUUCUUUGUGCAACAUCUGUACUUUUAUGCAAAGGCAUACUCAGAAUCUGUUUUUGGACCAGAGCGUACACAUCGUUGGACCCCAUUGAGUUUGGCAACCAAGCACAAGCUAGCCUGGACCAUUCAUCAAGAUCAUCCCACAUAUCCCCUGCCUCCUGAUCCUUUUGCCAACAUGAUGACAGCAGUUACACGAACGAGAAAAGGGGAACCCAGCAUUGUCUAUGGAAAGGAGUACUGYGUGCCUAUACAAGAAGCACUGAGAGCAUACACCAUCAAUGCAGCCUGGCAGAUCCACAAGGAGAAGGAGCUUGGUAGUUUGACAGUGGGAAAGAAAGCAGAUCUUGUGAUUCUGAGUGACAACCCAUUGCAAGUGGAUACAUUCAAGCUGGUAGACAUCAAGGUGAUUGUCACCUAUCUGGAUGGAAAGUGCAAUAAUUUGAAACAGUGAAAACAAGAAAAGUAGUUAUUGCCACUGAGGCAACUCUUGCUUUUUACCUUACAUUUUACUUUUUAAUCUUAGGUUAGGGGGUCUUAUGUUGUUCUUAAGAAGAGCUCUUAUAAGUCAUCCUAAAUUAAUGGCCCAGAGGCAAAACCCUUAUUAUAGGGUUGUCUAUGGAGAAGGCUAAUAAGUAUUAGAUUAAAGUGCCAAUGACCCCUAACUCAAUGUUUUCAGCAUUGAUUCUACAUGAAGUUAAAAGUUAAAUGGUAAAUUAUUUUUAUAUGAUUUGAAUGUUGCAUCUUGGAGAUAUCAAGGUUUAUACUCCCAGUAUGCUAAUGAGUGGGAUGUCAUAGGAGGCAUUUGGGUUUAUUUGUCAUCAUUUUAAAAUCAAAACACUGACUACUAUGAGAAAACAAAUUUGCAAUAACCUUUCUAUAAAUCCCGAGUAAGAUAGUUAUGUUUUAUACACGAUUUUUACUACCCCAGUAAAUUUUCAUAUAUUUAAUAAUGCCUACUAUGACAUCACACUCAUUAGCAUACUGAAGUAUAACCCUUGAUAUCUCCAAGAUGCAUCACUCAAAUCAUAUAAAAAAUUUUUACUAUUUAACUUCAUGUAGAAUCAGUGCUGAAAACAUUGUGUUAGGGGUCAUAGGCACUUUAAACUGUUUGGCUAUUGCAAUGCAUGUAUUAUGACUGGUUUAUAGCUAUGGUGAAGUUCUUAUAGCUCAUAGUAGUGAAUAAUGCCAGUUUUUGAAGUGACGAAUGAAAAGGGAAUAAAGAUCAAUCAAUCCAAA